AUGAAGCAAGAGCGGCUGGAGCGUGAGGCCGAGGAAGCUGCUGCCGAAGAAGCGGAGCGACAAGCCGCCGCUGCACGUGCUGCUGCGGAACAGGAGGAGGAGGCCGCGGCCGCAGAAGCAGCUGAAGCAGCCGCGGAAGCCGAGCGCCAAAGAGCUGCGGAGGAGCAAGCUGCCCAAGCUGCCCAAGCUGCCCAAGAAGCUGCCGAGGCCGAACAAGCACGCUUGGAGGCUGAAGCGCAGGCAGAAGCAGAGCGUCUGGCUCAGGCCAGCCUUGAAGAGGAAGCAGCGGCCAAGGCCGCUGCGGCCGCCUUGGCACAACAGGAUAGCGGUGAUGACAGUGACUUGUACAGCGAUGGUGAAGAGGACGGGGAGAGCUCUGCUGCAACAGCGUCAGCGCCAGUCGAUGAUGACCUGUACAGCUCUGAGGAUGAAUCCGAUACCGCUGAUGACUCGCUACCCGCCAACUUCUCUCUUCUGUCCGAGCCGGCGCGGCGUCUCCUGGAACGCAGCGAGGCCAUUUACGCGCUUGUCCACAAACAUUUGCAAAAGCGGCUGCAAGCAAGCAAAGAAGCCGGCAAACUGCGACCACUCAUCUUUUCGUCUGUUGAUUCAGAACCAGCAGCGCCACUUGAUUUAAGUGCCGAGGAGCGAUUCACGCUCGUGACCGAGACGCAUCUGCUCGACAAGGUACUCGAGGCGACUGGCCGCCGCCACGCACGCCUCAUGACAGAUCUGCCACCCCUGCCCUCGGAGGGUCAGUCCGAGAUUGCGGAAGUGCAAAAAAACACCACGGCGCAAGCAGAUCAAUUGGGCGAAGCCGAUGUAUUGGCCUUUGAGGAGCGGCUAUCCGAAUUUGCUCUCGCCCUCGCCAUCCAUGAUCACGAGCAACAGAAAACCAAACAAGAGAUUUUGAUCGAAGCAAUGGAGAAGAUGCUCAAGGCUCAUCAACAACAUAAGCAAGCCAAAGAAGAUGCCAUGCGUGCUAGAUUAAUGGAACAAGUCUUGUCCAAGAGCAAGCAAAAAAAGCACAAGGACAAGAUCAAAAAGGGAGACCUGAAAAAGGUUUUGAAGAAGGUGACGAACGACACCCCAGUUUAUGCCGUCUGUAACACAUACAAGAGCCUGCACGCAAAGGAUAAGUAUUUCUUGUCUUUUGAAAUGGGUCAGGAGCUCAAAAUCCUCAGGAUCAAGCCUGGUCCGAAGCGGCUCGGAAGCUCCAGCUGGCCUCGCAUACGCUUCGCGCGUGUUUCGAGGCCCUGCCUGCGACUGGCUGCUUCACCGUGUUUCGCUCCUGUGACUGCCGUGGCUGUCACCGCAAUUGCUACUUCUGCUUUGCUUGCUAUUACCAACGCGACCUCCACCAUGGCAAAGACAAACGAGGACAAUGCCAAGUUUUGGUUUGGCGUCCAACUCGAGGUGACUCAAAAGCUCCUUGCAGCCGAAGAUAAAAAGCUUGCGGCAAUGCAGAAACAGCUCGGCGAAGAGGAUGAUUUGGGCCUUCGUCGUCUCGCGAACAAACGCCUUCGUCAUCAAUUUGAGCAACUCAACAAAGAGUUUGAUGAAACAGUUGCUGGACUAGCCAGUAGUGGAAGUCUGGUGACCUCCGUCUUCAAUUCCAUGGGUCUCGACAAGGCUGCCCAUGCAUCACAUUCGUCACACUCAGAGGAAGUGCGUGCUGCUGCCUUGGCGGCCGUGCGUGCCUACAAGGCCAAGCGUUCGUCAUCCGCCGUCGCCACCGAAUCGGACGAAGCGCCUGAAUCAGAGCUGCAGUUUGAGCAAGGCCGACUUGUUUCCGGCACCUUGGAUGCAUUGAUUGCUUUUUUUCUGCCGACAGACGCGCACAUGCCUGAAAAGUUGUUUGUGUUUACCUUUCUUGCUACAUCUCGGCUUUUUAUCGCUCCCCAUGAGCUUCUUGUGCGCUUUGCUGAGCACGUGCAAGAUAGCGUACAAGACGCUGCGCCAGAGGCCAUGCCCACUAGUCAAGCUGAGGACACGGUGGCGUACAAAUGUGCUCGAAUUCUUCGCGAGUGGACAGAUACCUUCAGCUACGACUUCCGUGAUGAACGGAUGAUGUUACCGUUCAAAGCAGCAACGCAGGCACUUGCAAAAUACCACCCAGCACUUCGCGCUGCCUGUGGUGAUAUUCAACGAACCCUAUUCGCCCAGCUUAACGAACUUGAGCAAUUCGAAGCUCGUUUGAAGAAGGAAUUCGAGCUUCAAAUCAAGGCUCGCAACGAUACCCUGUCGACGGGCCGCAAAGCGCCGGACGUGAACACGUUCGAUUUCAACUUGUCGCCACAAGAGUGCGGCGAACAGUUGAAGGUAUCACAUUGCCUGAACGGGCAGCAAAUUGACAUUAUACUUCCUCCGGACUGCCCCACGAAAGUGGGUUCACUUCGCGGUGAGACUGACCAGAUUAUUGAGAUGGAACGACUGGCUGCCAUUGGACCAGAAGAGUUUAUUCAAACUUUUCAUUACACAGAUAUGCGCGAGGCGCACAAUGUUGAGGCCUACGUCGAAUGGAUCAACCGCUUAAGCUACGUCAUAGCUGGGGAGAUUGUGCGCCACCCCAACCGCAAAGACCGAACACGUGCCAUCGAGUAUUGGAUUCAGUGUGCUGCAGCGUGCCAUUCGCAGCACAACUUCAACUCGAUGAUCGGUAUCAUCUCGGCACUCAACUACGCUUCACUUGGACGGUUGAAAAAAUCUUGGGAAAAAGUGGGCAGCAAGCAUAUCAACGAGUUUAAGCGCCUUGAGAACGUCAUGGAUCCGACGGGCAACUUUCGCGCGUAUCGUGAAGAAAUGAUGUCACUCCUAUCCUCCAACGACGUGGUCCCCUUCUUUAGCCUGAUGAUCAAGGAUGUUUAUUUCACGAAGGAAAUGUCCGAAAAGAAACUCGCAAAUGGCCAUAUCAACUUUAAUACCAUGUGGAUGUUGAGUGACCGACUUGCGGAGUUUAUGGUGCUCAAAUCAGGCGCCAAACCCGCUUCCCGGCGCGAUGACUUCAUUCGCUACAUCAAGACGGUCCCGGUUUACUCUGAAUACGAACUCUACCGGCUUUCCGUCGAUUCCGAGCCCCCUUCAAAAGCAGAGAAAGAGCGCACGCUUAGGCGAUUAAAGAAUUUGGAAGACGCUGCUGGUGGCGAAACUCUUGUCAACCCAAUGUCGCGGCGCCCGAGCGUGGCCGGACCAACUUCAUCCGCCAAAGACCAAACCACGACUGACCAACCAGAACCCAUAGCCGAUGCCGAUGAAGAACAACAUCCGACAAGACAUGUGAAAAGUGCAUUCGAUCGUAACGAGGACAUGUAUCAAACCAGAUGUCGCAUUCAGAAGAGUGCAAAACGAUCACGACACGAUCAGGAAACACAACAACGUCACGAUUGUUUCAAACAAGACUACGAGCUUGUGGCCGACAAGGUCCCUGGCCUCUUGCGCGCCUUUGAACGACACUAUGCUCGACCCACUACCCACUGCAUUGUCGACAAGUUCUUCAAGGUGAUUGACAUUGAUGUUGGCCAAGGCAUUGUGCAGGGCAACGAGCUAUCGCCCUUCUUCUUUGCCCUGUACUCCUGUGAGGUCCUCGGCCUCCUCGACGCCACCACUGACUACCGCUGCAAGGUCAUCAAAUACCUCGACGACAUUGUACUGAUGGGUCCCGCGGAGGACGUGGCGGCCGACGUGGGGAUUGUCAAGGCUCGUGCAGAGUCUGCUGGCCUCCAUCUGCAGCCCAGUAAGAGCCGCUUCUACAUGCCUCGCCACCAUCCCGCUUCCAUCACUGCUAUCAAGUCUGUAUUGCCAGAUGCCGUGCGCGAGACGGCCAACACGGGCAUGACGGUCUUGGGAACGCCGAUUGGCCGUCGCGAGUGGAUGAAGAAGCAGCUGAACGACAAGGCAAAGCACAUUGCUGGCAAGCUCAAUGACAUGCUGACGACCGGUGUCUCGCUUCAGGCCCUCCUCACGGCCAUGCAGUACGUGCCUAGCCUCAUCAACCACCUCUACACGCUGCCCCCAAGUCUCACGUCGGGCUUGUCCGAGCUCUUGAACCGUGCUUGCAAGGACACCUUUGUCAAAGCCUUUUUUGCGAAGGUAAACCUGUCUGCACCAGCUGGAGCUGAAGGUCAUGACGUUACGCUGGAACAGCUCCUUGAGGCUCGCCUCUUCACGCGGGCCAACACCGGGGGCUUUGGCCUGCACGACUUGGUUGAGCGCGGUCCGGUGGCUUAUGUCUGCAACAUGGCCAAGCUGGCCACUCGCUACCCUCGGGUCUACGAUCGACUUUUGGAGGAUGCAUCGAGGGCUGCCGACUUUGAGGCCCACGUGCAGCGAGCCGGCUUCCAGAUGGCCACGGCGGCACUGGACGACCUGAUGGACAAGUGUGCGCUGGACCUGCAGCAGGCAUAUCUGGCCUCACGCGAGUGGGGCGUCAGCACAGUCUUGACCAUGCGGGGUCGGGACAAGUUGCGUCGCUUGAGCGACACGACCUUUGCCAUUGCGGUUGUGUCCAUGAUGGGUUUUGGCCUCCAUGAACUCAUCAAUGUCAAGCCGACGGACAAGUGCCCGCUCUGCAGCAGCAAGACACCUCAGCCGCGACUGACCCGCGAGCACCUGCUGACCUGCCGUCCCAUCAAGCGUCACAACGCCCUUCGCGACGAGAUGGGCCGCCUGCUCAGGUACGCCACCCUCUCCCAUGUCUGGGUGGAAAAGUAUUAA